GUUGAUCACUUUCCAUCCAGAAUCGUAUCAAAACUUGUGGAUUCAAAUAUCUUCAAAUCACUUCAACUACAAUUGCUUCUUGCAAAUCUGCAAUUAUUAGUACCUAUCUACUAUUUGAGUUCGUCCCCUCACGAUCUGUCUACCUUUCAAGGCUUUUUUGCCUCUUCUUCAACAUCCUUCGAUCCCAUCAACUACCUUCAGGUCCGACUUUCGAUCCAACCUUACCAAGAAAAUCAACAUUGCCCCUCUCACCAAGGUUUCCAAGACAUGAAAGUACAGAGAUAAAUUUAUAAGACUUUCUCAAUAUCCAUAAAAAUGAAGAUUCCACCUGGCUUGGUUGGCUUCGAUGGGAAGGUUCUUAAGGGAGAAGUCUGCUUGACAAGCGGCAACUCAGGUACCCCAGGCAACCGGACGAAGCUCCUUGAAGAGGGGAUGAAGCGCGAAGGCAAUCACUUCACCUGCUACACUUUAACCGCAGAAGAUGAUGCCAUUGUACCAUACUUCAGCAUCAGCUCAGGUGAGGUCGAGUUCGCUGACGUUGUUGUCGAUGGUAUCUUAAGAGCUUCAUACAGUAACGCGGGUGCUAGAAAGACUUUCAGCAAGAAGUGCGAAUGGUUUGUUGGUCAAGUUAAAUUGAAUAACAGAAUUUUCGACAGAACUUAUCAGUUACAAAUAGCAAAGAGAAACACCGAGAAUACACGAAACGUCAAAGGUGGCGCACCCCAUUCAGUCGGUAGCAUCGAAAUACAAAUAUUCCGCAAAGAUCCCAAUGCUCACAAAAAACACGCGACUGAUUCUGAUUCUGAUGAUUCCUCAUCAGCAUCCAAAGAAGGAUCUCCAGAUCUCGGCACUGCAGAACGUGCACCAACAUUCGAAAAUCAUAUCCAUUGGUGGAAUCUUAAUCCAUGUGUUGAUGAAGACACCAUUCCUUCUCCCCCCUUCGAAGUUGGUGGCGUUGGUUAUAAGAAGCCUCAGAGUAAUGCAAAGAGCCUCAUUGUGCAGAAAUGGCCCGGGGAUUUUAAGGUUUGGGCUUCAUUCAAAUUUCUGCUCUUCUCUACCGCCAAUUUCCACACAUUGGGCUUCCUAGAUACCCCUGAAUAUAUUGGAACACCAUGGAAUGAGACAAGUACAACGCCAAAGAAGCUGAUUGUAAAGGAUGUAUCACGAGCAUCAAAGUCUACUUCGUUCAUUGAUCCCGAUGUCGGCAGUGAUCAUGAUGAUGUUGUUGAUACUGUUGAAAAUAUCGACAAGCCUGCACCUGGGAUAAAGACUGAAAUUGACGAGCCAGCAAAGAGUAUCAAAGGCAAAGAAGUUACUAGGAAGACCACUCAGAGCAGUGCUUUUAGAGAAACCGAAGUUCCUUCUCAAGUGGUCAAGUCGAUGAAACCAGUGGGGAAACAGACAGUCAUCAUCGAAGAUUCUGAGUCCUCAGAAACCCUCGAUGAAAGCCAUACUAAGGUCAACAGAACUGUGUCAAAGCUUGCUCGUCCUUCAAAAGCAUCUCAAGUUAUUGACCUUAGCGGUGAAGAUGACAGCGAAGCUACGGAUAACUUAGUCAUUGCACCAACUAUUAAGAUAGAGAAAGAUGAGUUGACAGGUAAUAGCAUCGAUCAAGGCAAUGAAACUCAUGCACACCGCAAGAAAAAGCCACUUUCUAUGCCUGGUGUGGAAGGAGCUCCGGCAAGCAAGGCCUGGAACAAUCGUGAUCGUUCUUUAUGGUACCAAACCAGAGGCUUAAGCUCAAAUUCAGACAAUCUUCUCAACCUCAAUACUGAUCAGCCCCGUGCCGAGGGAGGCCUCACCUUGUCAGACAUAUCUAAAGCUAUAUCUUUGGAUAGCCUGGAGAACUUGAGUCGGCCCUCAGUGUCCUGUGUAAUUGGAGAAGCCUCGGAGAAAGAAAAUGUCACUCACUUUAAGCCACUUGAAACUCAGGUGGGUGGUUCAUCCUGGGAGCCGUUGACCCCGCCAGUAUCAUCAAAGAAACCAGGUAUAAAGCACUUCAACACUUUUGGAGCUGAAAGACGUAUCUUGUUUGGAGAUUCCAAUGGCACAACGCAAAUCGAAUCAGCAGCUCGUAUCAUUCUCACUGAAGAUAAUUAUAGCGACAAUGAUAGUCGCGAAGCGAGUCCCUCAGUCAAGCAUGACCAGAGAGUUCCAGAAAAUAAAGCUGAAGAAUUAAGCCCACAUAAUCCAGAAUUUACCUUGGAAACAAAAACUUCAAAUAUUGAGAAACCUGACCAGUCUUCAAACGUCAAUAACACGGAAGCAAAUCUUAACGAGUUCAUUCACACAUCGGCCCAGCCUGAAGAUACGGAAAUGUUUGACGCCAUCGAAGCCGGACAGUUGCCAGCACCAAGAUCGCCAUCUCCUGAGGCUGUUCCUCAAUCUACAGUCACAGGCCAAGAUCAAGAUUCUGUGAAUAAAAUCACAUCGUCUCAAUCUCAGGAAUUGAACGCCUCACAAAAUGGUCAAGGUAGCUCUGAGAAAUCGACACAAGAAAUACCUGAGAGCAUUCUUGAAGGGAUUGCGGAAGCUCAGAGACUUCAGAGGGCCAAACGAUUCCCUUCAAGUGCUAUUCCUGAAGUGGAAACUGAAGAAUCUUUAGCUUUUCAUCGAUCCGAAGACUCAUCAGGCACCGAGAUGACCAAUUCUGGCAACAAUGAGCUGUGUUUAGAACCCAAGAAGUUUAACAGCAAACUCAAUGAUGCACCUGUCGGCAUUGGAAACCAGCAAGAUGGUCCACAAGACUCUCCUGCUGAAGCCGACGAGUCCACGAUAACAGUCGCUACUACCAAACCAGCCAAACAAUCCAAUGCAAGAGCGCCGGCUACUGCCAUACCCUCCUCUACUCCAAAGACACAGCCUACGUUGGCAUCUAAGACAGCCACUGUCCAAAAGCCACCAGCUAUAGCAAUUGAAAAAUCUUCAAAUAUCUCCACUCAACCCGAAAGAUCUCAAGCCAAGUCAAAGAAGCCAACUUCAAAAGUUGAAAGCGAUUCGGGUGCAUCAACACAGCCUGAGAAACCUCAAGCCAAGCCAAAGAAGCCUGCUCCAAAGACCACCAAAACCUCAAGUGUCCCAAAGGCUGCAAAGACACCAGCACCUGCAGUUCCUGAAGAGCCCGCACCCAAACCCAAGGGCAAAGGUAGGGCGAAGGCUGGAGCAAAUGAUAAGCGAAAGGCUGAUCAAAUGACCUCCGCUAGUAAUAGUUCAGGACCAAACAAGACGAAUAUAUCUCCCGCUUUGAAGCAAACAUCUAAUGUUGAAGGUGCAAUUGCCGUAGCAGAAGCACGAAAACAAGCAGCAAUCGAGAAGAAGCAAGCUUUAGAAGAAAAGUUAGAGGCUAUCCAAGUAGCGAAGGCGAAUAAGGCGGAGAAGGAAGAGGCUGAUAGAAUCAACAAAGAAGCACAAGCUUUUGAAGAUGAAGUCGCCGAAUUAGAAAAGAGAAUUGCAAUGGAACAAAUGGAUGACGAAUGAGCUUACUCUAUCAACUUGAAAGCACUUGCCGAACUGACGAGCUUGUGAUGCAAAACCAAUUUCUCCAUCUUUUACAAUAACCAUAUUCUAUAUCCGGGAAUAGCUCGUUGUCAUACACCGACUUCGAAUUACACAACUUUCUUGCAUUUCUCGCACA